AUGAUGCAAGGUCAAUACAAGAUUCAACUUCGCAACGGAGUAAGAAUAUUUUCUACCUUCAGCAAUUAUGAUAACCACGAUGUAUUUUGUAGUGGUGGUGAGCGUAAAUGGACUCGAGUUAUAUUCCUCCUCCAUGGGUUUCCCGAUAAUAACAGUUCAUAUAAUAGCGUUUGGACAGUGAUAUUAGAUUCUGUCCCAGAAGAUGAAAAGGUAUUGUUGCUAGCGCCAUCAAUGAGAGGUUACGAACCGUCUAGUCAAGGUGAACAAUGUGAUUAUAAGAUGUCAGAUCUUGCGGGCGAUGUAAGCUCAUGGAUUAAAAAUAUUUCACCAGAUGGUAUUCCAGUACACCUUGUUGGUCAUGAUUGGGGAGCGAUAGUGGCUUUUAAGACCGCUAGUAUGUACCCUGAGAUGAUAACAUCAAUGGCUUGUUUGGCCAUUCCAUAUAUCACCAAUAUUCGAUUAUGGGAGUUUGCAUGGUAUUUUCCAGACCAGAUUUAUCAUUCCAGCUAUAUGUUCACCAUGCAGUUUGGAUGGCUCUAUAAAAAGAGGCUUUCUGAUACGAGUAGCAACAGUUAUUUGGACGGAUUAUGGCGCUGCUGGUCUCCGACAUGGAAUUAUACCGUAGAUGAAAUCGAUAGUGUUAAGAGAACACUUCAAGAACCUGGAGUUAUCGAUGCAUCAACUGCAUACUACAGAUGUAUUGCUAACCCCCUAAACAUUUCUAAUAGGCGCUGGAACGUAGACUUUAAAAAAGUUCCAACGUUGUUGCUCGGCGGAGAGCGGGAUGGGUGCAUGAAUGAAAAGUUGUAUCGUUUAGAAGCCAGUAAGCUUGCAAAUAAUCCAUAUGUUAAGGUCAAGACAAUUUCAAAUGUCGGGCAUUUCUUGCAUCGUGAAGACCCUACAAAAGUUGGUGAAUUGAUAACUGACUGGUUCAGUGAAUAUCCUUAG